AUGGACCCCGCCGCAAGCUCUGAGGCAGAAGCCAGCGAACGAGCGCGCUGCUGCCGCCUGCUGCCUGCGGCCCCCAGCGACCAGGCGCAGCGCGGGGGCGCAGACUCCGGGUCUGCAGUCUUCUGGAGACCGUGGGCUGCCCCCAGAGGUUAUAAAGGGGAAGAGACAGCGCUGCAAGCCUCGGAUACGGUGAGCCAGCCAUACUUAGGGGCCAUACCUCCUAGAGGCACAGGGAUCGCUCCGGUGCCAGAGAGUUCUGGAAUGACUGACGCCUUACGAAAGGUUUCCCAAUACAGACACCCAGUCAGACUAUUUUGGCCAAAAUCAAAGUGUUAUGAUUAUUUAUAUCAAGAUGCAGAAGCUCUUCUGAAAAAUUUUCCAAUUCAAGCCACAAUUGUAUUUUAUGAAGAUUCUGAUAGUGAAGAUGAAAUUGCAGAACUGCCCUGUGAUCCAGAAAAUUAA